GUGGCGCCCGGAAGAAAGCGUUCCUGCCGCCGUAGUCUCGGGAUUCUUGAUUCGACCGUUGAAACUGCAGAAGAAAGAUCUUCUCGAAAUAUGGCUGCGGAGGGCCCGCCCACGUGUCGAGUCCAGGUGGCAGAGCAUCCCAGACUGCUGAAGCUAAAGGAGAUGUUUAACUCCAAGUUUGGAUCCAUUCCCAAGUUUUAUGUUCGAGCACCAGGAAGGGUCAACAUAAUAGGAGAACAUAUAGAUUACUGUGGAUAUUCUGUUCUUCCUAUGGCUGUAGAACAAGAUAUGUUAAUAGCUGUGGAACCUGUGAAAACAAAUAAUCUCCAACUGUCCAAUACAAAUCCCUUAUACCCGGACUUCAGUACUAGUGCUAAUAACAUACAGAUUGACAAAACUAAACCUCUGUGGCACAACUAUUUCCUAUGUGGAUUUAAAGGAAUUCAGGAACACUUUGGUCUCAGUAACCUGCCUGGAAUGAAUUGCUUGGUAGAUGGGACCAUCCCACCAAGUUCUGGCCUCUCCAGCUCCAGCGCUUUGGUCUGUUGUGCUGGCUUGGUGACAAUCACAGUUCUGGGAAUGAAACUCUCCAAGGUGGAACUUGCGGAAAUCUGCGCCAAGAGUGAGCGUUAUAUUGGCACCGAAGGAGGAGGGAUGGACCAGUCCAUAUCAUUUCUUGCAGAAGAAGGAACUGCCAAGUUGAUAGAAUUUAGUCCUCUGAGGGCAACUGAUGUGAAACUCCCAAGUGGAGCAGUGUUUGUGAUUGCCAACAGUUGUGUAGAAAUGAAUAAGGCAGCAACCUCCCAUUUCAACAUCAGGGUGAUGGAGUGUCGGCUGGCUGCAAAGCUCCUGGCUAAGUACAAAAGCUUGCAAUGGGAUAAAGUACUGCGGCUGGAGGAGGUGCAGGCCACCCUAGGGGUCAGUCUGGAAGAAAUGCUGUUGAUCACAGAGGAUGCUCUUCACCCUGAGCCCUAUAGCCCUGAGGAAGUUUGCAGGUGUCUGGGAAUUAGCCUGCAGGAAUUUCGGGCCCAAAUCCUGAGUGAGAACACUCAAGAUGUGCUCAUCUUCAAACUGUACCAGCGGGCAAAGCAUGUGUUCAGCGAGGCUGCGCGAGUGCUCCAGUUUAAAAGGGUCUGUGAAGAAGCACCUGAAAACACAGUCAAGCUGCUGGGGGAGCUCAUGAACCAGAGCCAUGUGAGCUGCCGGGACCUGUAUGAGUGCAGCUGCCCGGAGCUGGAUCAGCUGGUAGACACCUGUCGGACAUUUGGGGCUCAAGGGUCACGACUUACUGGCGCAGGAUGGGGAGGCUGCACAGUCUCACUGGUACCUGCAGACAAGCUGCCCAGCUUCCUGGCAAAUGUGCAUGAAGCUUAUUACCAGAGGAGCGACCGAAACCUAGCACCGGAGAAUCAGAGGUUGUUUGCUACCAAACCUGGAGGCGGGGCUUUGGUUUUCCUUGAGGCCUAAACAAUGUAAAAAAUCUUAGAGAAACUAUUUAGGGCAUUUAGGAACUGGCAGGACUUCUUAUGCCGCAGUAAAUUAAUCCUUUCUGUUUUGUAUUAUGAUGAACGGUUGCUAUUAUCAAGAUGUGUUUCCAAAGAAAUGGUUGAAAGCUCUCUAUGUUUCAUAAUGAUUAUUUUUCCAUCUUAAAAUAUGUUUUCUAUCAAUAAGAGCCAAAAUUAUGGUUGGACAGAUCCCUUCAGGAUGACUUACUGGGAUUUAUUCACUUCAAGAUUUUUUAAAGAUGAAUUGUAAAAGAUAAUCCUGACCUCAUGGAUUAGACUAGAAUUA